AUUACCAUACUUACAAGACUGUGUGGAUGUCUGGAAAAAAGUCACAUGACUUUGCAUUUGUGUUCAUCUCUUUCCCAACAGUGUCUUUGGAUUCUAGGGUACCAAACUGGGAUUUUAAAGAAGAUGGAAGGAGUACAUUAUCACGUCAGCUUGAGAAUGCAACAACACAUACUGUGUACCCUGACUCAUAUGGUGAGUUGAGUAAGAUAUUAUGUUAGUAAAGUAACUGGAUUAUUGAGGUAUAAAAUAAAACAUAUCUGCAUGUGUUUCCAAAAAAAGAAGAUUUUACAUAUGGGGUUUGUAAAAAAUUUUUUAAAAAUGCAGCAGUUUGCACUUGUGGCAAGUAAGGUGCUGAUCCAUGCGUUUGACAAACAAAUAGCAGAAGCUAUAAAACGCAUAUAUAAAAAGCCACCAAAAGAGCAGCUGAAGACACCUCUGAUGAAACAGUGAGAACAAACAUGAGUCCCGCCAUCAGCAUCGCUCUUCUCCUGCUCUCUGCAACUGUUGUCAAGUCGUGGACAUCUCUGGAGGUCAAAACUGUAGGGGAUGAUUUUCCACCUCAGUUAAAACAUGAUGUGAAGGAGUCGGCAGACCACCAAACAGAGGAGGAUAGAGUUUUCCCAGGUUCAUGUACUGCCUGUAAGUUCAUUGUGUCCAAAGUAAAGAAGCAUUUGGGCAGCGAUCAUUCAAAGAAAAAAAUCGAAGAGCUGCUGAACAGGGCCUGCAAUGGAGUGAAAAUAAUCUUAAGAUCUGCCUGCAAGUCGAUCGUCAACAAGUUCCAACAAAAACUGAUCAACGCCUUAACAAAGCUAAAGAGUCCCAGGGAAAUAUGUGUUUAUCUGAAACUCUGCAAGAAGAAUGAACCUUCAUAGAUAUAACAUAUAAUGCAUCUACAUCAAGUGUACUAGCAAUGUUUCUGACUGUUUCUGUGUGCAUAUUGUUUUUUUUUUGCCUUUGUAAUAAAGCUUUUCUGAAGUGGUUGUAUUUCCA